AUGUCAAAAAAAGUAAAUGUUUUUUCGUUAGGAGGACCUGGAGAACCAUCGGUAAAGAUCACCAACUUUGAUGGACCAGUUUAUAGCUCCUACACGGGAGAACAACUAGUAGGUGGUGUACCACGCUUUGGACAAUUAACAGAUGAUCCAUCGGGUAAAAACCCAACCUAUCAUGGUGUCAUUGUAAACAAUGGUGUUGGAAUGGCUCAUUGCUACAGACCAAGAUACCAGUCACCUCAGUUUAACUCUGGAGGUUACCAAAGUGGAGGAGGCAACUAUUAUAAUAGUUAUAAUGGAGGUGGUGGUGGUGGAGGUAGUUAUUAUGGAGGUGGCUAUAAUCAAGGCGGUUGGCAUUGA